AUGGACGUAUCACAAUUUCUCAAUAACGUUGAGAAUGAUGAUACCCUACAAAAUAUUAGGAAAGAGUAUCUGAACUCUAAGAGGACUCUUCAAGAGCUCAUGUCAAAUCAAAGCCCUACAAAAAGAAUGGAAUUCUCCAAACGACCCACUGCAGCUCCUGACCUUCGUAAGGACAAUAAUUCGGAUGCGAAUAAAAAGUAUAAUAAUAUUUUCCACAACUCACCGAAAGCUAAUCAAUUCAAACGUCCUAGUGGUAACAUCAACGAAGAUGAGUUUCUUCGAAUACAACUGCGAGAGGCAAUGGCAAAGUCAAAGGAGCCCAAACAGAGCAUACCGUCUGGGAAUAUCGAUAAAUUGUCUAGUUUGACUAGACUUGAUGACCUAGAAAAAAGGUUAUACCAGCAUGAGUUGCAAAUACAAACUCUUAAAAGUGAACUGUACCAAUCUAACUCUUUGAAUAGAUCACUACAACAAAAGGUCAAUCUAUUAGAGGAGCAUAUGAAAAUGAUUUCAGGAAAUAGUUAUUUAGGAAAGACGGUUUCAACUGCCAAUGACGCUCAGGUACCAGUAAAUGUUAAAUUGUCAGGAAUUCCCAAUUCUAUUUACAAUGGAAAUUAUUUAGAUAGGCCGCAAAGUGCGCCAUCCACAUCAAGUACUUCUGAUUGGAUGAGAAAUGCUCUAACUGAUGUUGAUGAUACCAAGGUUUUACUCGGACUAAAAAAACCGUUGGAUCGACCCGAAAACGAUAGCAUCAGUCAUUUUAGUAAUAAUCAUAAUGGAAAUAAUGAAAUCCCUCUCUUCCAGAAUCAACGAAGGAACCUGUCUAAUUUUGAUGAUAGUACCAGUAGAUUGAUAAAUAUUACCGGGAAUCGGAGGAGUUAG